AUGGCUUUAGAUUUAGAACCUGAAAAUUAAGAUGCUUAUAAAUUAUUUGAAUAAAUUAAUUAAUCUGAUAAUAAUUUGAACAUUAAUUUCAACAUUGGUAGUUCUAGAGAUUAUAAAGAUCAUAAAUCUGUUAUUAACUAAAGAAGAGGAAGUUCUAAAUAAAUGAGCACUUUGAGAUUAAAUAAUUAAACUUCUAAAGAAAGUGGAGAUAAGAAAAAUAGUUCAUUUAAUAGUAUAAAUCAUGAUAACUCUAAAUUUUUAAAACCAAAAUAUUGAUUUUAUCUGUAUUUUAUAAAUUUAUUUUUUCAUAUAUAUAAAUAUUUAUUUUUAAAUGCAAA